GCACUGCGGCUCCUUUAAACCUUCCCAGCCCUUGCCCCGCCCCUGGUCCGCCCCGUCCGAGGCGGGAGCGCGCUGAAAACCCCCGGCCCGGCCCGGGGCGCUCCACUCGCGCUGCAGCCCCCGCCUUGAGUACGCAGCUCUCCCGCCUGCGUGAACCCUCCCCACAGCCACCACCGCUCUUCAGAAUGGCCAACAGGGGACCUGCCUACGGCCUGAGCCGAGAGGUGCAGCAGAAGAUUGAGAAACAAUACGAUGUGGACCUGGAGCAGAUCCUGAUCCAGUGGAUCACCACCCAGUGCCGCAAGGAUGUGGGCCGGCCCCAGCCCGGGCGCGAGAACUUCCAGAACUGGCUCAAGGAUGGCACGGUGCUGUGUGAGCUCAUUAACGGACUGUACCCCGAGGGGCAGGCCCCAGUGAAGAAGAUCCAGGCUUCCACCAUGGCCUUCAAGCAGAUGGAGCAGAUCUCCCAGUUCCUGCAGGCUGCCGAGCGCUACGGCAUCAACACCACUGACAUCUUCCAGACUGUGGACCUCUGGGAAGGAAAGAACAUGGCCUGUGUGCAGCGGACCCUGAUGAACCUGGGCGGGCUGGCAGUAGCCCGGGACGAUGGGCUCUUCUCUGGGGAUCCCAACUGGUUUCCCAAGAAAUCCAAGGAGAACCCUCGGAACUUCACGGACAACCAGCUGCAGGAGGGCAAGAAUGUGAUUGGGUUACAGAUGGGGACCAACCGUGGGGCGUCUCAGGCAGGCAUGACCGGCUACGGGAUGCCACGCCAGAUCCUCUGAUCCCGCCCGCAGCCCUGCCCCUGCCCGCCGUGAAUGGUUAAUAUAUAUAUAUUUUUUUUUAGCAGUGACAUUCCCCAAGAGCCCCAGAGCUCUAACGCUCCCCUCUGCCAGGGUGGGGGCCUGGCCUGUCUCCUCUGAGGGGGGAGGCGAUCGUGGCCUCCCCACUGUGCUUACUAAUACAUUCCCUUCUCCAAAACCACCGAAACUGGACCAACUGGCCUCUUUUCCCCCUGGGACCAAAAUUGAUUUGGGAGGGGGUGUUCACCCCCCUCGCCCUGACAUACCUCUUCUCUGUCCUCUGUCCUGUCCUCCCCCUAAGCUCAGUGCCCUAAUCCAUUCCUUGGCUGGAAGGGGGUGGGGGAUCAGGGGUGCUGCCCGAUGACCUUCUUGCCACAACUCUGCCUCACCCGCAGCUGUGGCUGCAGGGACUUAGUUGACGGGGAGGGGCCUGUGGCGGCUGCCACCCUGGCCCCAGCUGGACUACACUCACCACGCUUCUGAGGCAGCCUGCCCUGGCAGAGGCCCUCUGGCUUCUCAUGUUCCAUUCCUCUUGCUGUGGCUAAGGGGUGGGGGUGAGGGCUGCCCACCAUGGGCUGGGGCUUAAAGAAUCUGAAUUUGCUGAUUUAAAUAAAGCAUCUCUGUCUUUUUUUGGA